CAGGAAUCAAUAACGCACACACAAAGGAGAAAUUAGAUGACUCGUUUUACAAUCAGUUUAAUCAUCGUAGGUUUCAUGUUUGUACAACUCAGCAACGCUGAAAUCGAUCCACAAUCUAUUGUCGGCGCGUGGUUGUUCGAUGAAACAAAUGGAAAAGUCGCCCAAGAUUCAUCUGACAACGGGAACGAUGGCAAUCUUGUAGGGGGUGCUAAAUGGGCAAAGGGUAAAUUUGGUAACGCCAUUGAACUCAACGGUAAGGAUGCUUGGGUCACUGUACCGGAGAUUGGACCGCUUGAGGACUUCACGCUCAUGAAAUGGUUCAAUUCAACAGGCAGGGUUGGAUUGUGGAGAUGCUUCUUCAACCGUGACGGUUGGGCACCCGGGUUUGUUCACUAUCAAUUCCGUCCGGACAACAAGAUGGAAAUGGCUAUCCAUUCCAACAACCCAGUCCGACAUCCGGGGUGGCCUGAUUCGGAUUUCACGGCGGACAAAGACAUCUUGGAUGAAUGGUUCCAUCUCGCAGUUGCCUACAGCAGCAACGAUGAAGAGGUUCGUGUCUACUUCGAUGGCGAACUUGACGCAGAGGGUAAAUGGGGACCUUUGCCGGGGGCAUUUGGACCUGGACGUAUCGGCUCAUGGAGUGGUGGUGGCAGAGAGUGGGAGGGUCUGUUCGACGAAAUGCUACUCUUCGAUGUCGCAUUGGCGGAAGACGACAUUCAGAUGCUCAUGGAUAACGGGUUAGAAGCCACGCUUGCUGUCGAACCGGCAGGCAAACUUACAACAAAUUGGGGAGAAAUUAAGUUAGGGCGGACGCAAAGUAGAUAG